AUGUUGAAGUUGUUUACUCCACGAUCGCUUAUAUCGACAGUCAGAUGUACGGCUAGAGCUUACUCCGCGCCCGUGAAAUCCCUUACUGUUGAUGGUAAGACUUAUCCUAGUGACGAAUGGACUAAUAUCCCCCCAUUCAUCCUCGACUUGAUUCAAAGAAAAUUGCACAAGAACCCUGACCACCCCAUAGGUAUCCUCCAUGAUUUAGUCAAAAAGAGCAUGAACGGAAUGGGAUACACUAUAUACGAUGAAUUCCACCCAAUAGUCACCAAAUUCCAGAAUUUCGAUGUGUUGGGAUUCCCCGAAGACCAUCCUGGCAGAUCCAAGUCGGACACUUAUUAUUUCAACAAGGAACACUUGUUAAGAACACACACCUCCGCCCAUGAACAUGAAUGUUUCCAAGAUUGUAAAACCCCGGGUUAUUUAAUCACUGCAGACGUGUAUCGUAAGGACGAAAUUGACCGUACCCACUACCCAGCAUUCCACCAAUUAGAAGGGGCAAGAUACUGGUCUAGAUUAGAACCAAACUACUUGGAGAAGAUCCAACAAGACAUUGACUCAAUCCCUAAAACCAACAUUAUUGUCGAAGAUCCAUUCCGUGACCAGCCAAUUACAGAAAACAACCCCAAGCAGACUUACAUGACCCCCGAGGAAGUCCGCCUCGUGGCUACCCAUUUGAAGAAAACCAUUGAAUAUUUAGUCAACCAAGUAUUUGAAAAUGCAAGGGAGUCCGCCAAAAAGGCAGGUUCCACCGAACCAUACCUUAAUGAACCACUCAAAGUCAGAUGGGUGGAAGCUUAUUUCCCCUGGACAGGUCCAUCAUGGGAGAUUGAAGUGUGGUGGAAGGGCGAAUGGUUAGAAUGUUGCGGUUGUGGUAUUGUUCAGCGUCAAGUGUUGUUGAACUCGCAAUUGGGUGAGGAUAAAAUCAGUUGGGCGUUUGGUAUUGGAUUGGACAGAAUUGCGAUGUUGUUAUUUGGCAUUCCUGACAUCAGAUUGUUUUGGUCCUUGGACGAAAGGUUCCAUAAACAGUUCAAACGCGGGGAAAUAUCCACCUUUGCUCCGUAUUCAAAAUACCCUGGUGUCAAAAGAGAUGUUUCGUUUUGGUUGCCUAGCGAAUCAACUUUACAUUGCAAUGAUGUCAUGGAAAUUGUUAGAUCUCAUGCUGGUGAUAUGGCUGAAAGCGUUGAAGUCGUGGAUGAAUUUGUCCAUCCUAAAACCGGUAGAAAAUCUCAAUGUUACAGAAUUAACUACCAAUCCAUGGAAAGAAACUUGACCAAUCAAGAAAUUAACGUGAUUCAUGGUAACGUUGAGAAUGACUUGACUACCAGGUUUGAUGUUGAAAUUAGAUAA